AUGGAGGUUCCAUGCUACGACCUGAUAAAUUUAUUGCUAUGGAACGGGAAGCAGAGCGAGGAUUACGUAUGCAUUUGGUCGGUGAUGGUUUUAAGAAUAGGACACUUGGUUCUUUAUCUAUACAUUUCUUCAAAACCGUUUUAUGAAGCCAUUUCGGUAGCGAUCAAAAUUCAAUCAGAUAAAAAUGCUGUGCUUGGUUAUCCAACGAUGAAUCUUUACGGUAUUAACUUCACAACCAGGAACGUCUUUCGGCGUUAUAGCAAUGGUUUUGUUGGCAUGCUGGUAUACUCCUUUAUAUUUCUCGACAACCAGGAUGUUGUUUCAAGUAUAAAACGAGCUGAAGUUGAAUGGAGCAAUAAGCUUAAGCACUCAAAUGAAUCAGGUGUUCGUUUUCGAUUAUUUGGUGAUGAAAUUGUAAAUAAUGAAAUAUUUGUGGGUUCUGUUGGCUCCUUACCUUAUUUCCUUACUGGUUUUCUUGCAAUGGUCAUCUUUAUUUUUUUAUUAAUUCUUCAUUAUAAGACAUUUUUGCAAACGGUUUUUUUGACGCUGUGGACUACAUUUUGUCCAUGUCUGGCUGGAUUAACAUCAGUUGCUAUAUUUUCAAUACUAGGCCGUACAUCCGUCCAUGCACCUCAUGGCAGUCAAAUUAUUGAUUUAGAUGCUUGUCAACCACUUAUCACACCUUUCUUGGUAUUAGCUGUUGGUGUAGGCGAUGCAUUUCUAGUGCUACACAAAUGGUUCACAUCUGUUGAAAUAGAUUCCUUAUCUCGUUUAAUUUCAGUACUAGUAGAAAUCAGUCCAUCUAUCACCCUUACUUCAGUUACAAACACCUGUGCCUUUAUGAUUGGCAGUUUUUUUUCACCCAAUGCAAUUCGAGAAUUUUGUUACUGUUCUGCUUUGGCACUUAUGCUUGAUUGGAUAUUUCAAAUUCUAGUAUCUACUCCAGUACUAUUAAAAAUUCACUCUUGUUCAUUCAAUAUUUCAAGGAAAGGCAACAAAAGAUGCAAGUCACCUUUCAAAAGUUAUUGCGAAUUUUUGAUGCAUCCUGUUACGAGAAUUACUUUAUUCUGUAUUCUUAUUCCUUUUUGGAUCUAUAAUAUAUAUCUUGCGCUUCGAAUGGAAGAAAAUUUUACACCGCAAAAAACAAUCCGAUCAGAUUCUUUUCUUACUGAUUCGUUGCCAAUUCUUGAAAAUGCUUUUAUGGAGCAUGAAAUCUUCCCCGUCUUUGUGAAAUACAUUCCAGACAGGACAACAGAAUUAUUAGAUAUUGUGGCGCAUGUACAUAAUCUUGACUGCUUGUGUCCAAAUUAUAUAACUUGGAUUGAAGAAUAUGCUGCUCUAUAUGGCUACACAAACGGCACUACUGAAAAUUUUUUUAAAAAUAUAAUGAAAUAUCUUGAUUACAAUCCCGAAUUGGCGAAGAAUUUAGUUUUACAAUUUGAUAGAUCCGAGAAAAGAUGCCUGAAGAAAUACUGGUAUACCGAUUACGACUGCACUUUGUUUGAUAUCAUAUUGACAGCUCGAGAAACGAUGCUUCAGUCAUGUGUCAUUACAUCCAUCACCAUGCUUGCCAUUUGCACACUGUUCAUCCCAAGCGCUCGAGCUACUGCUAUCGUCUUCCUUUCCAUGAUUUCAGCCACAACGGGAAUAGUAGGAGGUUUAAGUGCAUGA